AUGGCGCCUCGCAGUAGGCGCAGCGCGGCGGCCGCGACCGAAGUAGUCGAAGAGGAGGAGCAGGAGGUGGAGGUGGAGGUGGAGGCGGAGGCGGGGGUGGAAGAGGAAGAAGCGCAGGGCGAAUCCGACGGCACCAAGAAAUUGAGGUUCAAGCAGCCGCUGGUCGGACGGCCAGGAAGGCAAAUCAGCGUGGGCGACCUCUUGACGCGGUUGAAGACGCUGCUGGACGAGCUGCGCACCAUGGACCAGGAAGAGGCGCACCGCGACUCGCUCAUGCCCGUCGCGCAGGAACUCGCGCACCAGAGUCUCCUCCAGCACAAGGACAAUGGCGUGCGCGCGUGGGCCGUCUGCUGCGUCGUCGACAUGCUCAGGCUGUUUGCGCCCGAUGCGCCCUAUCCCGCCUCCAAGCUCAAGGAAAUCUUCUCCGUCAUCAUCAACAAGCUGAUGCCACUGCUCGCCGAUCCGACCCACCCCUACAACAGCCAGCACAUGUACGUCCUGCGCUCGCUCGCCGAAUGGAAGAGCAUCCUCCUCAUCAACGAAAUCCCCGGCGCAGACCAGCUUACCUCAGCUCUGUUCACUGUCUGCUUCGACGUCCUGGCUGGCCCGGCCAAGAGCGACAGUGGCGAGGAACUCAGCAAAAGCGUCGAGCACAACAUGACCGAAGUCCUGUCCACCGUCAUCGAAGAAGCGCCUGCCGUCACGCAUGAUGUCGUCGAUGUUAUCGUCGCCCAGUUUCUGUGGGCGGACCCCAUCACACUAGGGAGCUCAGCCAAAGCCAAGAAGGGCGUCCACGUAGAUGCGAAGCAGUUGACGCUCCGUCGCAAAGACGCCCCUCCCGCAUACAGCAUGGCCAGAAAUGUGUGCAAUGCUUACCCCGAAAAGAUGGCCCGCCUCAUUGGCAACUACUUUAGUUCCGUCAUUGUCGACUUCACGAAUUCAGGCGCUUCCUUCAGGCGCACCCGCGCCGGCAGUGAAGAUCCGGAUCAAGCCUCUAGAGGCCCUUCCGAGGACGAUAUCCAUGAGGCGAACAAGGCACACAGGCUCCUUCGCGAGCUGUGGAAGUGCUGUCCGGGAGUGCUACAGGAGAUCAUUCCACAUUUGCAGGAUGAGCUUGCCACAGAAAACGUGCAACUGCGACAAUUGGCAACCGAGACGUUCGGUGACAUGAUCUCAGGUAUCGGUGCAGCCGGCCCUCCACCAAUGCCUGAGCUGGAUCCCGCGGCAUAUCCUUCACAAAGCCUAACACAUGCCGAGUCCACGCGACCGUACGACUUCCUCACCACCCCAGCUUCUAUCAAUUCAUUUCCAACACAAUACCCUGCUGCGUACCACUCUUUUCUGUUGCGGAAAAAUGACAAGUCACCCAUCAUCCGUGCCUCAUGGACUACUGGAAUCGGCCGCAUAUUGAUGACCUCCGCUGGUGGCAUCGGUCUCGACCCGGAAGAGGAGCAGAAGCUACUAAAGUCAUUUGCAGAAUGCCUGAUUGACAGCGAUGACAAAGUGCGUCUUGCUGCAGUCAAGGCAGUCGAGCAUUUCGACUUCACUGACAUGAUUCGCAAACUGGGCAGCAACGGUAGCAUGUCUGAAUCAGGCUCAAUAUUGUCCAAUCUUGCAGAUAGAGUGAAAGACAAAAAAAGUGUCAUCCACUCAGAGACAAUGAAGCUGCUUGGGAAAAUCUGGGGUGUGGCUGCUGGCGCUAUUGCCGAGGGCGACGACAUUAUCAAGAAUCUGUUUGGGCCGAUACCGACGCGCAUACUCGAGGCAUGUUACGUCAAUGACCUAGAAAUCAAUGUGCAGGUUGACCUGGCGCUCUAUGAGUCCUUGUUACCACUCGCAUAUCCUCCGAUAAAGCCAAAGCCAGGCGGGACCGCGAAUUCGCAAAUAGUAAAGGACAGUCAGACCACGGGAGAACAGUCCUACACUGAGGCAGAUCUGGACAAAAUCCGAGCCGAGAGACAGCUGGUGCUCGUCAACGGUUUGGAAGACAAGGCCAAAAAAGUAUUCUUUGCGAAACAGGGCAAUCAGGGUCCAGGCUCAAAUUACAUGGAGCAUUUUCUGAAACUUUGUGAAGAGUACAACGGCGGUGUCAUGGACAAAGGCGAGAAAGAAACGAAGAAGAAGCUCGAGGGGCUCAUCGCCUAUUAUGCGCGGACGCUGCCGGAUUCUGCACGUGUGACAGAUGAUCUGUGGAAGUUUGCGAAAGCUCAUGAUCGUCGUGCGUAUACUUUGAUGCGAUUCUGUAUGGAUCCAGCAAGCGACUAUCGACGAGUUUACCGAUCAAUCAAAGAGUUCCGGAAACGCAUUGAAGAUGGUCCUGGCAUGCCAGUGCUAGAGACGCUGACGCCGCUUCUCUAUCGUGUCAGCCUCCUGUGUUACAACAAGAGUCAUGUACCUGCCAUCAUCGAGUUUACGAGGACGGAUGACAAAGGCUUGGGCGCUACGGCACACGAGCUACUGAAGGAAAUUUCGACGAAACAUCCCAAAGUGUUCUCCACACACGUGAAAGAUCUCUGCAAAACUCUCGAGAACGAGGCACCGACCGCGAAGACUCCAAACCCGCCCGGUGCUGUGGACGACUUGAAGGCAUGCGCCGCUUUUGCCAAGAAAUUCCCCACGGAUAUCCCAAUGAACGCGAAAGAUGGUCGGAAACUGGUUCAAGCAUUCCUCAACUUUGCUUCCUACGGAACUCCUCCACAGGCUGCCAAGCAUGCAAUUACCAUCAUCACAAACAGCGACAACAAGAAAGAGCUACACUCAAAGGAGAUACUCGCCAAGAGCAUCAAGAACUUCGAAUAUGACAGCGAACACUGGCUGACCAAGCUAGCUGCACUCAGCCAACUCGUCUUACUGGCGCCAUCGGAAUGCGAGGACGACAUGGACACUAUCGUGGAAAUUGCUAUCCGCCAAGUGCUUCAGAAACCACACCACGUAACUGCCGAAAGCGAGGCCGAAUGGAUGGACACGCCUGACGAGGAUAUUCAAGGCCGCACCUGGGCAAUCAAGAUACUGGUCAACCGAUUGCGCUCUCUGUCCAGCGAGGCGAGCUUCAAUGAGGCGGCCCAGGACACUUACACUCUACUUAAUCGGCUAGUAAAGAACAAUGGUGAGGGGUCAGACGAAGACAGUACGCCGGCAGCGCACAAAACGCGUCAGCGACUUGCGGCAGCAAAUUCACUUCUGAAGUUGUCCUGUAACAAGCGACUCGACAGUUUCCUAACACCCGCCGAUUUCGUGCAGCUAGCUUUGGUUACACACGACCCAUGUCCACAAGUUCGCAAGGGUUUCUCCGAGAAGCUGAUGAAAUAUCUGGGUCAAGGCCGCUUACCAUCUCGCUUUUAUACUGUUCUCUUCUUUCUCGCCCAUGAACCGGACAGGAACAUAAAGAGCAGCACGAUGACGUGGAUUCGGUCGCGACGAGCUGCAUUUGCCGCUCGAAAAGACACUGUGCUUGAAAGCGUCUUUGCGAGGCUCCUCAGUCUACUUGCUCACCACCCAGACUUCGAUAAAGAGGACGAGGUGCUCAAGCUGAUAUCGGAGUACAUUCUAUACUACCUCAAGUGUGUUGCUACUGAAGAUAACCUGUCCUUGAUAUUCCACGUUGCUCAGCGCGUCAAGGGUGUUGCAGAUGGCAUCGAGCCUUCUAGACAGGCUGACGAGAACCUGUACAUCUUGUCAGAUCUCGCCCAAGCACUCAUUCGAGCAUGGGAGGAGCAAAAUGGCUGGACAAUGCAAUCGUGGCCCGGCAAGAUGAAGCUGCCCUCAGGCAUUUUUCGACCUUUAGAAAGCCACGAGCGAGCACAAGAGAUUGCCAAGAAGACAUGGAUCAGCGAAGAUCUCGUUGACGAACUUGAUCCACUCGUGCGCAAAGCCAUUCGGAGUAAGAAGCGAAAGGCUACGGACGGAAUGGAGAAGCCACGUAAGAAAGCGAAGGGCGAUCGACCAGUCAAAGAGAAGAAGGUAAAAAUGGAUCGCCCAGUGAAGACGCCAAAGAAGAAGAGAAGAAGCGGCGAGGAAGAAGAUGAAAGCGAUGGUGGAGGUCAGGCAGCGCCGUCGAGUGGACCUAGGCGGAAAAGUGGUCGCCACAGUACUGCACACAAGAGCUACAUUGAGGUUUCGACGGAUGAUGAGGACGCCGCGGCUGGUGCUCAGCAGGAUGAUGAAGAGGAAGAAAACGCCGAAUCAUCGGAAGCUGAUGAAAACUCUUCGCCCGCUCCAGAAGAUGUCGAGAUGGCCGACGUGGAUGAUAAGGCGGCAGGUGAACCAGAAGUUGAGGCGCAAACAUCCGAUCUCUCCGAACAAGAAGCAUCUCCCGAGCCGGAGCCAGAACCAAAGAAACCAACAAGAGGUCGGCCAGCAAAGAAAACGAAUGGAGCUGCCCUACCAGCGGUGCAGAAGGGCAAAGCUGCCGAGCCCGUUAAGGAGGCCACCCCUGCGACAUCAGUAAAGAAGGUGUCUAAGGUAGCUGCACCUGCAAAACCUACUAAGGUUGCGGUAAGAGCUAAGGUGAACGGCGCCGCAGCAGCAUCUUCAUCCAAUCCUGCCAUGAAUGGUGCUGGAACGGUCCGACGGAGUGGUCGCAGCCGGGCUUGA